GCACAUUCCUAUUGUCCAAGAUGGCGGCGUCGGUGCAGGAGCCGAGAUGCUGACAUGUUUUUAACCUAUUUUAUAUUUUUAGUAGGACAUUUCUGCACCAUUUUUCUCUGCUUUUUGGCUCUUUUUAUUCCAUUAAACCUUCGGGGCCGUUGUGGUUUUGUUAACACGCCUGGAAUUGUCUCUCCGGGAACGAUUCCCAUCCGAGCACCGAAAAGUUUGAGCUCCAUCCUCCUUUGAAAAUGAAGAGACAGGCCGCGAGAGAGACGAGUCCGUCCAGGGCCAUCGCCAAGCGGAUGCGAGAAAGAGAACGAGAAAGUGCGAGGAGAGACGAGCUGCCUCCUCCUCCUCUGGCUCUGCUGCUGGCGGAGAGCCGAGGAUAUCACCGCCGGAGCCGCAGCAGAGAACGAGAGAAGCCGCGGGUCAGGGAGGAGCGAGCGGCCGCUCUGGAGCUGCACCACCGCCAUGAACUCAGCCUCCUGGGACGUCCUCCUCUGAGAACCACCGCUGCAGAGCUCCCCGCCACCAGACCCGCCACUCUGGAGUACAAAACCCUCCUGAUCAGUAACCUGGGCUCGCAGGUGUCGGACGAGGACGUGGAGGACACGCUUUUCCACGAGUUCAAAAAGUUCGGAGACGUGAGUGUGAAGCUGUCCCACACCCCGGAGCUGGGCAGGAUCGCAUAUGUGAACUUUAGACACCCAGAGGAUGCUAAGGAGGCCAGACACGCCAAAUCCUCCAGGUUAAUGUUGGGGGAGCGCCAGUUGAAGAUCGAGCCCAUGUACGUGAGGAAACGCAGCGUGACGCCCCCUGAGGUGGGAUACCUGCCCCUGCACGCGCCUUACCCCUACAGACAGCGCUCUCUGUCUCCUCCUGGGCCUGGGGUGAGCAGCAUGAGGGAUCUCAGAGCCAGACAUUAUGCUCUGGAGACUUUAGGACUGAGCAGAGAGAGGGAAAGGCUUUUGGAUUAUUAUGGCAUGUUGGAUGAGAGGGGCAGGCCCUAUGGCUUCCCCCCAGUGCCGGUGGUGGAGGACUUGAAGCCAGAAGACGACCAGCGAGCCACCAGUAACCUUUUUAUAGGAAAUUUAGACGGAAAUGUCACUGAAGCUGAGUUAAGAAGAGGUUUUGACAAGUAUGGCAUUAUUGAAGAUGUUGUAAUUAAACGACCUGCUCGUGGACAAGGCGGGGCUUAUGCUUUUGUCAAAUUUCAGAACUUAGAUAUGGCCCAUCGAGCGAAAGUAGCUAUGCAGGGACGAUUGAUAGGAGGCAACCCUAUAAAAAUCGGUUAUGGGAAAGCUAACCCUACGACCCGGCUCUGGGUGGGAGGACUUGGACCUGGUAACUCACUGGCUGCUCUGGCCCGAGAGUUUGACCGGUUUGGGAGCAUCAGAAAUAUAGACUAUGUUAAAGGGGACAGUUUUGCUUACAUUCAGUAUGAGAGUUUGGAUGCUGCUCAGGCUGCAUGUACACAGAUGAGAGGUUUCCCUCUGGGGGGCCCUGAGCGGCGCCUCAGAGUUGACUUUGCAAAGGUGGAAGAGAGUCCAUCCCGUCCAUUUCCAGCUGGUUACCAGCCUGCUGUUGCACUCCCUUCCCAUUAUGAGCUCCUUGGAGAGGCAUACAGCCGCCAUCGCAGUCUGGAGAGAGAGUUACGAGGCAGCAGGGACCGUUCCUCCCCACCAGCACACAGCCUCCUGUCCCAGAGAGAGCGGGAGAGGGCCCUGCUGGACAGGGACUUCCCCAGCAGCCCCACACGAAGCCUGGAGAGGAGAGCUGAGGCGUUCGGCCGGAGGAGGAGUCGGAGCCGCAGUCGAGAACGCUGGCUGAAGGAGCGGGAGGAGAGGAGGAACCGCAGGAGGAGCAGGAGCCUGUCCCCUGAUCGACAAGGUGAGGAGCGCGAGCGGGACCGCGACAAAGACAGAGGAAGGUCCAGGCUCCGGGGACAAGGAGGGGUGCUGUCUCCUGACGCCAGCCCUGACAGAGCACGUGUCCGUGCCCCAGACUCCACUACCGAACCGAGGGACCACACUCCAGACAGUGGCAGGGCGGGUCAUUCUCUCACCAACGAUGACGAGCCUCCCUCCGGUCGCCACCACAGCAAACGGACGUCCAGUGACCUCAGCAACCACCACCAUCGAUCCAGCGAGUCCACAAACUCUCCUGCACGGCACACCGACACCCACGCGUCUCCCACAACAUUGUCUGACUUUGCACAGGCGACACUUGCCAAAAUGUGGCACGGCUUUUUUGCCCUAAAGAACAGCAGCUUUCCCACCAACUUGUACAUGCUGGAGGGCGGGACCUCUUUCUUUAAUAACAUCAUGAAGGACAGUCUCAAACAGCUGAGCCAGAACCAGCCCAGUCAGCUAAAGAUUGCCCAGCGGUUGCGCAUGGACCAGACUCGUCUGGAUGAAGUCUCACGGCGCAUUAAACUGGGCCGCCCAGACGGUUUUGCUGUCCUGCUGGCUCUCCAGGGCAACGUGGACCGCCAGGCCCCUGCCCCAGAGCCCGGGCUCCAGGUGCGUCUGCUCCGCCACCUGGUCACAUACCUGCGCAACAAGGAAGCGGCGGGGGUGGUGAGUUUGCCCGCUACUAAUGAAGGGGGCGUGGGGGCCAUGCUGUACGCGUUUCCUCCUGGAGAGUUCUCCCAACAGUUCCUCCAGGCGGCCAAAAGGACUGUGGGUAAUCUGGAGGAGGAGCACAUGGUUAUUGUGAUUGUCAGUGACACUAAUUGAAUUGUCAAUGUCAGUGUAGAGAAGUGUAGUCCAAGAGCCAAAACAAGGCUACAAAAUACUUCCAAGUAGUUUUUAGUAGAUGCAUUUUAUUAUUUCAUUUGUUUUUUGUAAGAUGCUUCAAGAGACACUACAUCCAUGUUUAUGAUCUGUCAUGUUGGGGGAAUUUUAGCUUCAAACUACAAAAGACAAUUUAUGUUCACUGCACAUUUUCAAACUGUAACAUACAACACUAAAUCUGAUUAUUGUGCUUGUUUACUUUUUCUGAAAUUGACCUUACCAAGAUGCUAUAUAUAUAUUAUAUGAACUCAAUGGGACUGGGUAUUAUUCCUGUGGAUUGUUCUGUAAACUAUAGGAAGAGGCUCUAAGCUCCAGUCGCCACGGCCAAUGACCUGUGAGUGUACAUUAGACAUAGGUAGUGUUUUAACUAUUGGACCAUUCCUCUUAAGUUUUUGUGUGUUUUUGCAUGCAGGAAUAUGUCUCUUUGGUCUGUUAAAUGUAGCUUCCAGUUACUGUAAACACUAAUAUGGACUUUCUACAAACGUAGUGUCAUGGUGCAAGGUGUAUUACUAUAAACGUUUUAUUCUAUUUUGAUUUAUAUUAUUCAGUAACCAAUACAUGACUCCAUCCAUUUUCUAUCCUGCCAUGUGUAUCAUUUCUCAUUUUAUUAUUAUUAUGUUUUACUUUCCACUUUCAUUUGCAGAAUAUUAACUAGACACAGCGAAGGUAAAAACAUUUUCAAAGUGAUCUGCUAAUUUAUCAUCUAAAAGUACAAUCUUUCUCCAGCUAAAAGUAGAUAUCGAUUUGCUUAAACAUUUGACGAAGUAGAUCAAAUAUUAAAAUAAUGAUUUGUUAUCUGACGUAAGUAUUCAUCAGCAUAAACAACUUUGACACUACUUCACCACGUGCCUGAUUUGCAGAAGUGAAUAACACAGGACAAUUAAUUAAACAGAAGUGUAGAAGUAGAUGAGCAGAAAAAUAAUAAUGGACGUAAAGAGUUGGAGAAAAAAACAAACUCAGUAACUGUUAAAAUAAUAUAAACCAGACAAUUUCUUGAGCCAGUUGUUUAAGUAAAUACAUCCAUUACUGCCUAUGUUGUGUCUCAAAGUAUUUCCCGAUCUGUCAGUCUGUUGUCGUUGACUUAUAACAUAUUUUAUCAAUACAGUAGCUUUUUAUUUUUGGGAUGUUGCAAGUGUAUGUAAAUGUGUAUCUGACAAAACAAAACACUGCUGUACAUAUGACCUGGAUCGGUUUACUCACUUCUAAUACACUGUGGAACAAAUAAGACUUUCAACGGGCCCCAGACUUUCUCAUAUUUGGAGAACGAUGGCGUUUGCCCGUAAAUCAUUGUAGUGAACUAACAAUCAGGUCAAUCAAACCAGUUAGAAACAUUACAAAUCAAACACAGUCUCUCUGCGGUUUUGUUUCUGUCUCAAGGGACAUGUAUAGUGUAUCGGGGAAAAAAAAUGUAAUAAAACAUUUUAUGAUU